UUUGAGUUAUUGAUAAUGCCGCGGGCGGGAAGUAAUGGAUGUUGUCAAAGAAUUAUGACAGUAUCUAGAGUCAAAAGUAGAUGUACAUGUAAUAAUAGUUACGAAUACGAUCUAGUCGUCAUUGGGGGCGGAUCAGGUGGUUUAUCAGCAGCCAAAGAAGCCACCAAUUUGGGUGCCAAAGUCGCCGUCUUGGACUACGUGACUCCCAGUCCUCGUGGAAGCAAAUGGGGCUUGGGAGGUACCUGUGUCAAUGUGGGGUGCAUCCCCAAGAAGUUGAUGCAUCAAGCCGCUCUACUGGGAGAAGCUGUGAAGGAUGCCCAAAGUUAUGGAUGGCAAUUUCCCGACGCCGAAAAUAUCUCCCAUAGUUGGGAUGCUUUGAGAGAUGCCGUCCAGGGACAUGUCAAAUCCGUGAAUUGGGUCACAAGAGUGGAACUGAGGGAUAAGAAAGUAGAGUAUAUCAACGGCGUAGGCGUAUUCAAAGACCCCUUCACUGUGCAGACGGUGACGAAGCAAGGAGAACGCCUCCUGACGGCAAAAUAUUUCCUGAUAGCUGUUGGAGGUAGACCGCGCUACCCCGAUAUACCUGGAGCAAUAGAAUACGGCAUCAGCAGUGACGACAUCUUUAGUUUGCCGAACGAACCUGGCAAAACACUGGUGGUCGGGGCUGGAUAUAUUGGACUGGAAUGCGCCGGUUUCUUGAGAGGUUUGGGUUACGAUGCAACCAUCAUGGUGAGGUCCGUCGUCUUAAGAGGUUUUGAUCAACAAAUGGCGGAAGUUAUCGCUGCGGAAAUGCAAGAUAAAGGAGUGAAGUUCCUGCACAAGUGCCUUCCGAAAGCCGUUGAAAAACUCGACGACGGCAAAUUGAAGGUUACUUGGGUAAACGCCCAAAAGGAAGAGUUCAAUGAUGUUUUCGAUACGGUCCUCUUCGCUAUAGGAAGAAGAGCUUUGACUCGGGAACUCGACUUGGCGAAGGCUGGUGUCAAAGUUGCCGGUGACGGUGAGAAAAUUGAUGCCAUUAACGAACAGACCAAUGUUCCCCAUAUUUACGCCGUAGGAGAUGUUUUAUAUAAAAAGCCAGAACUCACUCCUGUUGCUAUUCAUGCAGGACGAUUGUUAGCCCGUAGGUUAUUCGGAGAUUCGACUGUAAACAUGGAUUACGAGAACGUAGCUACGACUGUAUUCAGUCCUUUGGAAUAUGGUUGCGUGGGUCUGAGCGAAGAAGCAGCCACGGAAAAGUACGGUGCCGAUAACUUGGAAAUCUACCAUGGUUACUACAAACCCACUGAAUUUUUCAUUCCUCAAAGGAACAUUUCACAUUGUUACCUCAAGGUAGUAGCUCUAAGAGAAGGCGAUCAGAAAGUUUUGGGAAUGCACUUCAUUGGACCGAACGCCGGAGAAAUCAUUCAGGGAUUUGCUGCUGCAAUUAAGCUUAACUUGACAGUUCAGGUGCUCAUGAACACUGUCGGCAUCCACCCGACCAUCGCCGAAGAAUUCACUAGGAUCAACGUGACGAAACGAUCGGGAAAAGACCCCAAUCCCGCAUCUUGCUGCAGUUAAUAAGUAGGUCUACUAAGGGAGACAUUAAGUCAUUACGUUUUAGCACGACAGUGUCAGUCAAAUUCUCGUUUUUCUGUUCCUCUUGCACCUCAAAAAUAUACAUUGAAGUACUCAAAAUUGUUCACAAUUAUAGUUUUGUUAAAAGGGGGGUGAAUGUUUGAAUUCAAUUUAGUUGUUGAAUACUCAGUGAGACCCGGUGAAAGUGUCAUUGCUGAGGAGUAUCUCCGGAUAAUGGCUUUGGCACAAAACUUGUUUAAAGUAUACCCAUUCUUACCCCUCAACGAUUGAUAUUAAACUGGCCCCAUUUCAUUUGUUUCAUUUCAGUUUUUAUCAUUAAAAAUAUCAAGUAUUAUGAUACCAAUUCCUUUAAGAAUCUGGAUGUAGCCGACAGCAAACUUUUUCCUCGAGGAUGAUGAUGACGAUAAUGAUGAAAAUUACUAGAUUAACACACUAUUCCACUUGAUUAUUGUUUCAACACACUUAAUUUUGCCCUUGGAUUAAUAUACGCAGUUGAUCUAUGUUCUGUCUCUUGAUUUUUUUGAUAUUAUGCUGGUUGAUUAACUCUCGUGGCCGGUGAUUUGUUUUAUGUUUUUCGCUUGUAUCUUAGACUGAGCAUCUGCUACCGAUUGUUGUCUUGGUUAGGCUAUUUUAACACCUUUCCUAUUAAAGUUUUAUUUCUGUA